AUGCAUACCGUGGGCAUACCUGCUCACGUUCACGAUGCCCUUGAGAAACGAGGUUUCCAGGCCAAUGGAUCCGGGGAGGUGACGUGGCUUGAGAACAGCAAGUCUCAUCCUCGACAAUGGUCAUUGACGCGGAAGAUAGGCGAUACCGCUGUCAUCUGCGUGUUGGAAUUCCUCACAACGCUCAUGAGCAACGCCGGGUCUUCAAUAACGAGCGACGUGGGUAUGAAAAUCGGAGCUGGGCGCGAAGUUGCCCUGCUAUGUCUUGUGACAUCUUAUUUGGCAGGACAGGGACUUGGAAGCCUCAUAUUCCCUCCGAUUGCAGAGGUUUUCGGGGGACGAACAAUAUAUGUUGCAUCGACCUUUGGGUACGCCGUCACUUGCCUCAUCAUCGCAGCAUGUCCGAACUUGGUUGUUGUGGUCAUAUUCCGAUUCCUUGGAGGAUUCUGCUCAGCAAUCCCUACAGUGGUUGCAGCUUCAUCCAUUGAAAACAUGUGGGAUUCUACAGCGAGAGUCUGGGUUAUUCACAUCUGGAUCGCAUCGGCCGUUCUGGGACUGGGAAUCGGACCACCCGUUGCGACCUAUGCUGCGCUAUCACCCUAUGGCUGGCGCUCGCUCUUCUACGCAGCAGCGGCGGUACUCGCCGUGGUGGCUUUGCUUUGCCUGGGUAUGCAGGAGUCUAGGCCAUCCAAAGUACUCCGGAACCAAGUCAAGACCGUAGCCCGUAAGACCAACUUUGAUCGACUCUCUGUGACCGAGCUCGAUAGCUCCCCAGAUGUGAACACAUUCAUCAAGACGACGCUUGCACUGCCAAUUAGGCUCUUCUUCACCGAACCGAUUGUCUUUUUCACGUCCACAAUGGCAGCAAUGGUUUAUGGCCUUACUUAUCUUUUCACGGAAGCGUUUUCGAUCAUCUACACCGACCAUUUCGGACUCCCCCGACAAGAAUCCUCCCUGGUCUUCCUCUCCAUCGCAGUAGGUGUCUUAUUCACAUUUCUACCCAGAAUAUACGACGUCAAACUUCUCAAGAGGAGGGCCAGCCGGAACACACCCAUGGAAGCCGAGGACAAGUUGUUUGGAUUCUACGUCGCAGCACCAGUCCUCGCCAUCGGAUUAUGGUGGUGUGCAUUCACAGUUCCACCUCUAGCAGAAGGAAUCUCGGUAUGGCCUUCCAUCAUCUCACUGCUUCUGUUCGGGUAUGCGGUGGUUGAGUUCGACAACACACUCUGCGGCUACCUCUGCGAUACCUAUGUCCAAUACUCCGCUUCGGCGAAUGCUCCGCUUGCGGUCCUCAGAGCUAUACUGUCGGGUGCAUUUCCUCUAUAUGGGGCUCAGAUGUUUAAAGGACUGGGGCCGAACAAUGCACUCUUCUUGCUGGCGGCCAUGGCGACGGCGUUUUGUGGAGUUGCGGCCAUGUUCUUUUUCUAUGGCAAGCGUAUACGCCAGCGAAGUCCAUUUGCGGAGAAGACUUGGGAGGGUGCGCAGAAUACGGAGCGUCCGGAGGAACCACCAAAGCAUCAGUGCUAG